CUCUCCUCCUCUCGCUCCCUAAAGGAGUUCGCGGAGAGUCGGGCUCCUUCAUUCCCGGCUGCGCCGCCGCCCUCCGCCCACCACCGGCUCCCACCCGUGGGGCAGCGCCAUGGGCGCCGGCAGCUCCACCGAGCCGCCCCCCCCGCAGGACGGGGCCGGGCCCCCUUGUACCCCCCCAGAGCUGCUGCCGGCAGAGGAAGCGGCGGCGCCACAGCCACCGGAGCCCGCCAAGGCUUUAGAUGCAGGUGUACCAGUACCUGAUGUUCGUGAAGGCAGUGUGGAACAUGAUGGACCAAAGGAUGCACCGCAGCCAGGAGGUAUUACAGCACCUCAGGAGCUGGAUGGGCAGCAGCCAGGGAUGGCUUCAGCCCUCCAAGAAGCACCCGGAGAGCAAGCAGAGGCCGCUGGAACAAAUGUUGGACAGACAGAACAUUCCAGUGUAACUUUGAAGGAAGAUACUGGAACUAUGGAGACAAGUCCAUCUGACUCAAACCCCAGGGACAGUGUGGAUGCUGAGAAAGAGGAUGCUCAUACAAUUAAACAAUUGCCCUCUUUGGAAGAAGGUGCAGAAGACCUUGACCAUGCAUCUGAGCCACAGUCUUAUGAUCUGGGUUUUAAAAAGGUUUUUAAAUUUGUUGGAUUCAGAUUCACAGUAAAGAAGGAAAAGACAGGAAAAUCGGAACCAGUUCAACUGCUUACUGUAAAAAAAGAAACACAAGUCCUUGAAGAAGCUGAUGAUCAAAAAGAUCAAAAAGAAGUCAGCUCAGAAGAAACAGCAGUGCCUGAGGAUGCACACUCUGCAGAAGACAACACCAAAGAAACACCAAAAAAUGAAAAAAUGGAAGACGAAUCUCCUAAAACACAAGAAGCCAAUGAGAUUUCUUCACAGUCAUCUGCCUUAACCACUGAGACUACAUCACCGUUAAGAAAAUUUUUUACUCAGGGAUGGACUGGUUUUAGAAAAAAGAAGAGCUUUAGGAAGCCUAAAGAAGAUGAAAUACAGUCUCCUAUAAAAGAAGAAGAGCAAGAAAAAGAGGGGGCAACAUUAACAACUGAAAACGGUGAAAAGGAGGAGAAAUCUGAGUUUGAGAAGCAAGGUGAAGAGGAGAAUGUGACAGAAGUAACUAUUGAAACACAUGAGAAGGAGCAAACUGAAGGAGAAAAGCAAGAGUCAAGAAGGACAGUGACAGCCAUAGGAGUCAAAACAUGUGAGAAGGAAGAGCUUGUCAAGUAUGAUGAGCAGGGACAAAAAGAGGACGUAGCAGCAGCGGUUGUUAAAGAAAGUGCGAAGGAGAAAAAAACUGAAGAUGAUGAUCAAGAAAGGAAAAUGGUGGAAGUCUCAGAAGGUGUUGGUGAAAAGGAAGAAAAAAACGAAGAAGAGAAAGAAAGUGAAGUUACAGAGAAACCCCUAAAAGCAAGGCCUGGGGUACCUGUUAUCGCUGACAGCGUGAACGGAGAAUUGAAAACAUCCUUAGAAGUCCUACAUGUGGGAGAAAAAACAGAGUCAGCUGGAGUCAAGUGUGAAAUACAGGACAAAACUGAAAUAUUCUCUGAAGAGAAACUUGAGGCAGGAUCUUUGGCAAUUGAAAUUUCUAGUGAACAGCUUAAAAAAUCUGAAGGAAAAGAAGGAAAUAAAUCUGCUCCACUGGGGAAAGAAACAUUUGAUGAGAAAACAGAGGAAGCAGAAUUGAAAAUUUCACCUACAUCAGAAGAAAUCCCUGGCAAGUUAGACAUACAAGGAGAAGCUCAAGAUAGAACCACAGAGAAGAAAGAAAGCAAAGAACAUGACACAAAACUGACUCCUGCUGCUCCUGGAUUGAGUUCCUUUUCUGCUUCUGAACACUCAGUUGUCACACAGGAUGAUCAGCAGUCAAUCAAACCCACUGAUGAUGGUCUACAGGGAAAAACUGGCAUAAUUAUGACUGAUCCUGUCAAACCAGAUGAAAUAACAACAGAAGUAACUCCUGAUGAGGCAGCUGGAAAGAGGCCUACAGAAGGUAUCACAAAUGAAGCUGAACUGCUGUCUUCUCAAGAAAAAACUAAACUUCAAGGCAGCCCUUUAAAGAAACUCUUUACAAGUACUGGAUUAAAAAAACUUUCUGGAAAGAAGCAUAAAGGCAAAAGAGAAGAAUCUAGGGUAGGGGAGCAGGGCGAACCAAUUCAGCACUUAUCAGAUUCUCCAGAUAGCCCAGAGGAACAAAAGGGAGAGAGUUCUGCUUCUUCUCCUGAGGAGAUGAAUGAAAUUCCUUCUUUGGAAAAACCUGUAGAUGGAGUACAGGUCACUGAAAAUGAAGAUGCUGCAAUUUCAGAUGUGGAGCGAAAAAGAGAAAGUGUCACGCCCUGGGCAUCAUUUAAAAAGAUGGUAACUCCCAAGAAACGUGUCAGAAAAUCUUCUGAAAGUGAUAAAGAAGAAGAAACUGAUAAGACAAAAAGUGCUGCAGUAACUGCAAUUGAAAACGCUGCUGAUGAAAAUCAGGGAGAGUUAAAAGAAAAUGAGGUGGAGCAAAAAUCAGAGAAAGCCACAGAAGAGCCCAAAAGAAAGGUUGACACCUCUGUUUCCUGGGAAGCUUUUAUAUGUGUAGGUUCCUCAAAGAAAAGAGCCAGGAAAUCAUCAUCAUCUGAUGAAGAAACUGAACAGAAGCUUGGUCAAGAAAGGCAAAAAAUAGAUGAAUCUGGACACGGCAAAGAAGCAACAACAGAUGCAAUUGUAACUAGCUCUCAGGAGAGCGAUCAAGGACAAGGCAAUUCUUCCCCAGAACAAGCUGGAAGCCCCUCUGAAGGUGAAGGAAUUUCAACAUGGGAAUCAUUUAAAAGGCUAGUCACUCCAAGAAGGAAAUCCAAAACCAGGAUGGAAGAGAGAACUGAAGACUCUGUGGUGGGAUCUAGCCUGGAGCAUUCAACAUCUGACGGUGAGCCUGGAAAAGAUGAAUCAUGGGUUCCAUUUAGAAAACUGAUGCCUGGGCGUAGGAAGAAAAAGUCAGAUGGGAAGCCCGAACCAUCUCAUCUUAAACUAGCACGAGAAGACAUGGCAGAAACAACUGAAGAAGACUCGGAUAUUCCAGCUGUUGUUCCUUUGUCUGAAUACGAAGCAGCAGAGCAGGAGAAAAUUGAAGCGCAACAAGCGAAAACUGCUGGAGCGGUGAUAGAGCAAACCUCAGAGCAAGAGGAAGCAGAAAAACUAGAGGAGACCCUAAGAAUUGAGCAAGCACAUGAAGGGCUGGUACAUGCAGUUACUGUUACUGUUGUGGAAGGGGAAAGGGCGAUUACUAGUAUUGAAGAAAGGUCACCAUCUUGGAUAUCUGCUGCUAUAACAGAGUGCAUUGAGCAGGCAAAAGAAGAGGAAGAAACAGAUAAAACAUUUGAAUCAGAUGUUACUGUGGAAGAAGCAGUGGUAACUGCUAAGUCAGUGCUAGACACGAGAAAGGAUGUCAGUGAUGACACCACAGCAAGUGAGCUAGAGCUGACCUCAGAAGCAGUGACAGCUCUGGAGGAGAGAGCAGGAGCAUCCUGUGCUGAAGAAACAAUGGAAGUGUCCCUUGCAGAGGAGACAACUGAGAUGGUUUCUGCUGUUUCACAGCUGUUAGAAACCCCAGAUACUACAGAGGAAGUUACACCUGUACAAGAAGUAGAGGCCACUGAACAAAAUUUGAAAGAAUUAGACAAACAGACACAAAAAAUUCUUCAAGAAGUUGCUGAAAGAGUAAAGUCAGCAGAUAUAGCCAGAUAUAGUGAAAGAACCACUUCAGAAACUGUAAUUACAACAGCACAAGGAAUUGAGUCAGAAGUAAAGGAAGAUGCUAAAGAUGGAGAAGCUGUAAGUCAGGAAACUGUUUCGCGUGAACAGCCCUUGAAAAAAGAAGAAUAUGAUGCAGAUGACCUCCAGGCCCUGGGAAGUGCAGGGAGUGUUCAGGGCCAAACUGGAGUUGAAGAGAGUGUUCUGCAGGAACGUUCAGAGACAAGUGACAUGUCUGCUGCAAUAGCAGAAAGUACAGAAGGAUGUGAAAAUGUGGAUGUCUUAAGAGAUGAAAGCCAGUGGCAGGCAUAUGAAGAACCAGUUAUAGAAGACCAUGGAGAAAUAUCUGGAGCUCUGAGGACAGUAGAGGAGCCUUCAUCAGAAGACAAAGACUUUCACAUGAUCAAAGCAGUCGCUUACAAGGAAGAGCUGUUUGCAAAGCAGGAGCCUUCAGAACAAGAAAAACUGCCUGUAACAGAUUUGACACUAGACGAGACAAGAGAUGAAUGUAUUCCAGAAGUGCAGACUGCAGUGCAUGACAAGACAGAGGAUGAAACCUCUACUUUGGCACUUAGAGCUGAAGAGCCUGUGCAGCUUGAAGGAGAGGGAAAAACCCUUGCUGUGGGGUCAGAGUGCACAGAAGUAGCUGUCACUGUGGUUCCUGUUAAAUCAGAAAAACAAGAUGAAAUUCCUGAUUUAGACUCUCAAGAGCAAGCUUAUACUGAAGGCCUUCCUAGCAGGGUGCAAGACCAGAGAGAGGAAGAGGAAGAUGAUGCUGUGCUCCUUGGAGUAAAAAGCAAACAAGUCAGUGUUACUGAGGUUCCUCUGCAGAAUGAGGUAAAAACCUCUGCUCUUCCUUCAGAAACAGUUGGCUCAGAUGCAGCUGCAGAUGCUGAGCACAACGUGAAGGAUGUGGCUGACAGGCAGAUCACACCAAAAGCUUCUAUGCCUGUGCUAGAGCCACAGUGCAGGGAAAAAACAAGUGAAAUUACCUCCCAGAGUGAUGAAACCCCAGGUGGCAAAAUGGAAGAUGCUCUGCUUGAAACUGAAACAGACUUAGAGAGCAAUACCAUGGCAGUCACCAAGACUGCCACACAGAUGGAAGCAGACAGCAUAUCUAAUUUAACAUCAACAUGCACAGAUAUCACUGAAAAUGAAAGCACCCUCCUCACUGUCUUAAGUCCUAGGAAAUGUGAAACAGUAAGCAGUCUAGAUGAAGAAGAGGCUGUGGAAGAAGAACUUGCAGAAGGCUCCAGCUGUCAAGACUUUGAGAAAGAAGAAGACAAAAACGAGCAACUGACGGGAAGAUCCCAAGACUUAUUUGAAUCUGGAAAACGGGAAGCUGUGAAGGGUGAUGAAUAUUCAACUGCUGUCCAGCAAGAGGUUUUAACUAUGCAAGAGGAGGGCUCUGACUCAGCCUCCCUCCAAGAUUUCAGCUUGGAGGCUCUGAAAGUACCUGUGCCUUUAGUAGCUGCAGCAGCUGAAGAGGAUGUUGUGGCAGAAACCAUAACACCUGCAGACACAACAGCAGAAACUGUACAGCCCUUGUCAGCCACACCAGAACAAAUGGCUUCUGAAGAAGUCCCAGUUACUGCUGUUGACCAUUCAGGCUGUGGGACUAUAGAGCUUGGAACUGCAGAAGCACCUGAGCCUCAAGUGACUCCUGCAUCCAUGAAUGGAGUAUCAGAGGAGGAAGAGAGGCCACAGAGUACAGAACAACCCAAACAAAAUGGUAUUCCUCUAAGUGACAGUCUGUCUGAUACCUACAUGGAAUUUGAGAAUGAUGUUGUUCAGUCUGUGACUAUAGAGUCUCAGAGUACAAAAAUUGUACUGAACGCCAUCCAGACGGCUGUUCACCAGCUGGCAGAAACAGAAGAGUCUGGCUUUGAGUCAGAGCCCUGCUUUAAGUCCAUAGGUAAAAGCCCAUCAGAUGCAAAUAUACCUGAACUGCUGGAAAGUAUGCAGGUGGAUCAUCAACUCCCAGUAAAACAGGAAGAGAAACUGAGUAAAGAACAAGACCUCCAGCAAUCAGGAAUAGUGAAAACCUCUAUCUUGACAGAGUCUGCAGAAAUUCAUGCAACUGUAGAAAAAAUGAAAGGCAUAGUGUUAACUUCUGAGAUGCUGCAAGAUGGACAAAGUCAGAAUUCUGUAACAAUUCUGACUAGCCCUGAAGACAUUUCAAGGGAAAGUGUGAGACUUCAGAAAUCAGCACUAGAACUAAGUACUUCAGAAGAGUCAACCAAAGACCUCUUAGACACACACCCAUCAAAAUUAAGGGAAAAAGAGGUUGGGCUGAUUAGGGAAAUGCCAGACCAACAUCCAGGCCAGCAAACAUGCAGAGAAAAUGAAGAAGAGCAGCAUCACCUGCCAGUGGAAGAUGGGAAAAAACAGACAUGGGAGGAUGAUAGCUGCCAAGAAGAAACAUCUUGUGAUAGUCCACAAAAUCAGAACUCGGUGGCUCCCAAAGCCUUGAAUAUGUGCUAAGCAUCCAUAUGGUAUUUGGACAGAUUCCAGUCCUAGAGAACAGCUGACAAUCCUGUGACCAAACCAGGAGCUUUAUUCACUACCCUUAAUUCUUGGAUGUUAACAUCUGCUCUUUGAAGACUACACCUUUUUGUCAUUUCUAUUAAAAAACAAUGCCUUUAGUGUUGGCUGUAUCCACAUGUGCAUUCCAUUCAAAGGUCAUUUGCCUCUGCCCAGAAACACCAUUUAGACUGGAAAUUUAGACUGAGUGAAUGGACAGACCACUUAAAUUUGUGCCCUGACUUGAUGUGUAUCCUGUCUGUUACAUCUCCUUGAGUCCCUUCACUCAUCCCUGAAUCCAUCUACCUUCCUUCUGCACUCUCCCUUACCCCCACACCCUCUGUAGCUGCCUUGAUUUGACCUAUGAGUGGCCGUAGAUGCUGCUCGACUUGGGUGUGAGGAGGAAGAGGAGGAGAGCUGAGUGAAGAGAACACUGAAGGCUCCUGGCCAAGUAACAGACAUGGCUUUCCAAAUGGCAGGAGCUGGGUCACGCACAAAUUCUUGAGCAAGAGCUCAAGAUUGAUGCCUUUCAGUCCCAUUCAGGUGUCUCUAUCCAUACUUCAGUUGUAUUUGUGCAGGCCUGAUUUAGUCAGAAAUUACAGUGUAGCUUGAAAGGAGAUUGAAAAUACCCUUCUUCUGUUGUUCCAGCCUUCAGGUCUCAGGACUGGACUGUAAUGUGUUGAAUAUUUAUAUGUAUGUCUUAAACCCAGUUCUGAUUUUAAUGUAGAGCUAUGACCCUUCUGUACUAUUUAGAUGUACCCUUAAAUGAAUUUUGUAGAGUAGCCUGGAGAGGAAAUGGAUACCAUUGGAGCGGAAAUUGAUAACAUGUAGUUUCCUAUUUAUUGUUCCAGGUCUUUCCCCUUGUAAAAUCUCUCAAAAAAGUUGGCUGUCUUGCUUUGAAUAUUUAUAUGUAUAUCCUUAACCCAGUUCUGAUUUUAAUGUAAAACUAUGAUACUUACCAAGACAAAAGGAGAGCCUGGCCUGUGUCAGAUCCACCAACCACUUCUACUUGCAGUCCUCCCUGGUCUUUGAGAACCCUCCAGACUUAGCAUUUCCCUACUGUCUUGCUUAUGUAGUACCACAACCCUCAAAUCACACCUCUCUCUUUCCAGAGUCUACUCAUCUCUGGGCACUGUCCCAUCCAACCCCAAGUCUUUACUCACACAAACACCUUCUAAUGGACUACCUUCAUGCAAGGAUCCUUCUUUCUCAGCCGCUGCCUAGAACUCUUUCCCACCACAGUUAUUUCCUGAAAUCCUUUCCACUCCUUUCAGUUCCCUGUCCUCACUGAGGGAGGAGUAGGAAGAAGUGUAAGGACUUGAUGAUGAAUUCUGCCUUGGAUUGCAAAAAGUUGAUGAGACCUUUGGGGUGCUGAGAUCUUAAAAACCUUCACUUAAGGUGCAUUUGAAUCAAAGCAGCUUAAACCAGAAUGAGCAGGGUGAUCUAAUGAUGGAAAAAAUCCCUGAAACUUGAGAGCCCUGGGAUGUCUGUCCCCAACAGGAGUUGGUCCUCUCUUUUGUUUACAUUAAAAUCAAACAUGGGGUACAAGUCCUUAAUUUCAGCUCUGACUUCUAAAGUGAAGGUCACAGAUCGCACUUUGUGGAACCGAUGCCCAUCAAGUUGAACAAUAGCUCACUAUCCUACCUGUAUAGUAAUUUAUUUUAAAAUCAACUUUUAGUGUACAAAUGCUCUUGUUAUGGCAGGUGCUUGCCUCUCCUCAAGGCUGCACGUACAGCAAGCAAUGUGACUGAUUGCACUGGUGUGAUUGCACCAUCUGGUGCUCCCCUGCGUGGAAGCAUCAAAAGAUUUUUCCUUACCUCAGAGCAAAUUAUAUAAAUAUUUAAAGCCAAACAAUGUGGUUUCAAACAAUCCAGUCUAUCUCUGACCAUCGUUAGCAGCAGCUUUCCCCCUUAGCUUUGGGCAAUUCAAAGAACCUUGGUUGGUUUCCACAGGUUUAAGUUGACUUGCAAAUUAGACGUGCUCUUAAUAACACCUCACAAGUGCAAACUUGGCUGACUUUGUACAAAUUGUAAUACCUAUGUACGUUAAGCCAUAUUGCAAUAACUGCAGCAGGUAAAAUAACAAUAGCAUGACCUGUGUAAUCUUGAUUCUUACCUUUAUAGCUCCGAAGCUGUUAAUAAUAUGUAAAGUUAAUUCUUGUCUGAACCUCAUUUAAAUAAAACUAGCUUUACAACAAUGUAGGUUGUCUUUUGGUAGUAACUAGACAGGUGAGUGCUUAAACUUGCCUGUUUUCUCCAUUGAUCCAGGGCCUAGGUAAGGAAUGCAACAAACUUAACUAUAAAACAAAUACAAAAGCUCUUUCUUAUAACUGAUAGCUAAAAAAAAUACUGCACUCGAAACCACACUAAUGGUGCAAGGAGCAUGCCUCCACAUAAAGAUACUACUUUGUUCCAGCAUAUUGCUUUGGCCUCUGAAACUCUUAAUUUGAGACUGUGACUUCUGGCUUGUGCUUAAGAGCUUGAAGCUUUCUCUAAUCCAAUGUACUGGGUUACCAAAAUUUGAUUUUUUGUUUUUAAGGUAGAUUUUCAUUGAUUAAAUAAAAUACACUACAGAUUUGUU